AUGUCCUUUUUCGGAUUCGACCCAUCCGGUCCGCCUUCGUCAAAGUCGAAGGACCGGAAACUCGAAACCUACGAUUUCGAAGAAACUUACGAAGGACUAGGAGACCAAGAUGAGGAUGCAUUCAAUGACGAGACCUUUGGAGCAGAUACAAACGAGAUUGGCACCAAUUUCGAUUUCUCCGGCGGUCUUAAACAACCGGCCCAGUCACAGGCCGUCAAUCCAGGUUUGUCGUAUGCCAAGGCCGCCCAAGUUGAUCAAGUCGUGGGCCCAAUGGCUUCCUUGUGGAAUGACGAAGCGAAACCAGCCUCUGCUCCUUCGUCGCAACCGGUUCCAGAACAGAAAGUGCUCUCAUUGGAAGAAAUUGAAGCCAGACUGCGUCAACCACAGCAACAGGUGCCCCCGGUGCCCCAAAUGCCUCAGAUGAACCCAUACAUGUUCCAACAACAACAGCAGCUUUUGGCCGCUGCAAUGGCUUCGGGACAAUUCCCUAACCCUGCCGCAGCCAUCCAGGCCUUGUCGCAGGGAUAUGUUCCAUCUUUUCAGUCCGGAAUGAUGCCAUUCAUGCCUUUCCAGAUGCAGCAAAUGAUGCAACAGGGAGCAAUGUCCCAGGGCUUCCCAAAUCAGCCUCCUCAACAGCCUCCAGCUCCACAGGCUGCUGCAGCUCCACAAUCUCAGCCAGCUCAACCAGUUCAGUCUGCACAGCCGGUACAACAAGCUCCUUCAGCCCCAGUUCAGCCAGAAGCUCCAGCCAGUCAGCCUGCACCAAAGGAAAUUGAAAAGACUUCAUCUCCACCUCAAGCACCAGCCUCGGCACCAGCACCAGUCUCGAGAGUGACAAAGACAGAUGCUGCUCUUUCUGGCGACUUCCCAGCCUUUGGCUCGGAUGAAAAGCCACGGAGACCAAGACCACAGAAACAAAGCUUGGACAGUUUAUCCAAAGACGAGAAAGAAAAACUUUGGAAAAGACAACACAAAGUCUCGGCGAUCAUCAGAUGUUCAGGAUUCAUGAACCCUAGAGAUAAAGAUUUCGUCACGAGAGUGCAAUUAUCUCAAAUUGUCACUGAUGACCCAUACAAUGAGGAUUUCUACUGUCAGGUGUACAAAGUCCUCAACUCCUCGGUUGGUGAAGAGGAUAUGAACUCUAUUGCGCAGAAGUACUUGGACCAAUCUGGUCACAGACUUGGAGGUAGAGAGAAGAGAGCAGACGUUGCUUUGCAAAGAAUGCAGCAACAGGUUUCUAAAGCUGUGACUGUUGCGAAGGAGCGUGGAGAAAGAACCGGUGUUCUUACCAGAGAAGGUGCCCUUGGUAAGGUUUCCGUCAGCUCGGGUAAGCAGCCAAGAAGACAAUUGGUGAUCAACAGCUCCGAGAAGUCGGACGAAGUGGUUGUUCCUAAAGAGAACGUGUACUCUAAGUCGUCUAGGGCUUUCCAAUUGUCCAUUAUUGAAAACAUCUACUCGCAGAUCCUAAAGCUCGAGUCCCUAGAGCGUGAGGACCAAAGCCGCGACUCUAAAGACCUUUGGAAUGCUCUUCGUCUCUCUGAUAAAAUCGAGACCUCCAAUACCCUUGUUCCUCCAUUCAUUUCUGUUCUUUCCAUUGACAAAGCCAUGAAGGUUUUCAACAGACUGUUCCAUUUCCUAGACUCUCAGCAGCAAAUUGAGCUGAUUGAGAUCAUUUUCUCAAACUUACAAAACAUCGACGUGGUGAUGAAAGGCUCUUAUGCCAACUACGUGGAAAGCAACUACGAAAUUCCGGAAGCUGAGGUGAAAAAGAUUGAGCUUUUCCAACUCACUGUGAUGAAGACGUUGGUCUUAUUUGUUAGUGAGUCGAAUUUCCAGCAAGUGUUGCGGUUUAUCGCCCACAUUGUGGAGAAUGGAAGCAAUAACAUUCUUUUCUUGACCACGACCAAGAUCGGACUUUCUCUAAUUACCAUUCUUGUUUCCAGGUUGGAGUUGAUCAAACAAGAAUAUGCAGGAGGACUUAGUGCACAGGAUCUGGCCCAAUGGCAAACAGUUUACGACCAUCUUUUCCAGGCACUGGAAGGAAGACUUGCUACUAUCUUCCCGCCUUACCUCUCCAAUGAUGAUUCACGCAAGGUGCGCAACUCCCAAUCGAACAGUGACGAUUCGUACAUCUGGCAAUUCUUGGCCUCCCUAUCUCUUGCUGGGCAAUUGAGUCACCAAAGAAUUGUUGUGGACGAAAUCAGAAAUGAAAUCUUUGGUAGUAUGGGUGUCAGUAAGGCUCUGAAGGAGUCUGGCGAUUUACAAACCGCCGACAAGCAUCUGACCAACUUGAACCUGUUCCUCAACGUUAUGGGAUUGAAGGCCUCGGACUCGGAUAUUACAGAACUGUGA